AUUUACUGGAAAGAAAAAUAUUUUUUGUUUACAAAAAUACAAAGCAAUUUAAGAAAAUAAUUUUGUCUUUUUAAGUUUAAUUUUUUAAUACUUUUGUUCAUCUAAUUGUUAAAUUGUUAAAAUGCAUGGGAUUGUGUGUUAAUCAGCUCAGUGAAUAUGACAAAUUUCUUCAACAUCGUCUCUGGAACCAGUGGAGUUUGGACCAGUGAUUUGUCUAACAGUGAAGCUUAUCAAUCUUUUAGGGCAAAUAUACCACUGAGAAAAAUUGUUGUUGAUUCUGAUUCAUCUAAACAAUGGACUCUUUACGAUGCCGGUCCAAAAGAAAUUACAUCUCCACUUAUUUUUCUUCCUCCGGUAUCUGGUAUAGCAGAUGUUUUUUUCCUUCAAAUUACCAAUUUGAGUAAAAUGGGCUAUCGGGUGAUAUCGCUUGAAUAUCCAAUUUACUGGUCAUUAGCAGAAUUUAUUUAUGGUUUUAUUAAGCUCAUUGAUCAUCUACAGUUGGACAAAGUACAUGUCUUUGGUGCAUCUCUUGGUGGUUUCCUAAUCCAAAAAUUUGCUGAGCUUACUUCACGAUGUCCGCGUGUCCAGUCAAUUAUUGUUUGCAACAGUUUUCCUGAUACAGCAAUUUUUCAUCGUACAGACUCUGCGACGCUAUUCUGGAUGAUGCCACCCAUCAUAUUGAAAAAAUUAAUCAUGGGCAAUCGUUCCUCAGUGAUUCAAUCGCGAGACAAAACUAUUCAGGAUUCUAUUGACUUCAUGAAUGAACGUUUGGAAAGUCUUUCUCAGCCGGAACUAGCCUCGAGGCUAACACUUAACUGCUUGAACUGCUAUGUUGAGCCUCACAAACUGCAGAAGAUUCCUGUGACGAUACUAGAUGUCUUCGACAAAUGUGCAAUAAGUGAACGUGUUAAACAAGAAUUGUAUAAGAUGUAUCCUAACGCCAAAAGAGCUCAUCUGAAAACGGGAGGAGAUUUUCCCUACUUAAGUAGACCCGAUGAAGUUAAUAUGCACAUUGUUAUUCAUUUGCGGCAAUUUGAAGGAACCCGUUAUUCACCUAAAAUAAUGGUUAAACCUAUCGUAGAUCUGUCACCAAUGGCCUUAGAAAAUGGGUCUACAAGUAAAUCGACUCAAGAUAUAGACGAAAACUGAUCAUAAAGACAAAACAACGGAUCUCAUUAAUAACUUUGAUCAAAUUAAGCGAACAAGCAACUGGACGACACAAGUAUUCAAUUAAUAUACAACGAGUAAAUUUUGUUAUGAGUAAAUCUUGGAUGAGAUUAAAAUCCAGCAUAAUUUAAAUCUUUCUACUAAAAAUAUCGUUAAAACAUUCAAAAUUUGAUAAUAUACAAUUUAGUUAUCUCUUAGAAAAAAUAAGAUACGACAAAAUACGUAAAUUUUCUAGCUACAGAAGAGGAAAAGAACUGAUUCUUCUGAAUUCAUGUGCCUCAUAAUUCCAUUAACAAUCUAAAAAUGAAAAGAAUGUCAUCAAAUUUCCUAGCUUUUUACAAUCGACUGUAAAUCUUCAUAAAAUUUAUUGUUGCGUUAAAUUUACGAGCAGAACAAAAGAACUUGAUUAUUUGAUUU